AUGAAGAUAACAACGAAGACGUCAAGCUAUUUUAUCACGGGUUUCAAUUUACUUGCAUCAGGUGCUGGCCUUGCUUGCUGUCUCCUCGAAAAUUUUGUUCUCGAACACGAGCCACCAUUUUCGUUGAGUGAAUUUCGAAAACCCAAAAUACUCGAAAUCGCAGCACAAUCGGCGUCCCUUUUCGUUACUUUCCUCGUUAUCCUCUCCUUGAUCAUUAGGAAGAAUGGGUUUUCUAAAGUCGUGUCCGCGAUUUCGAUAUUGGAUUGCCUUCUCUCUGGUGGAAUUUUCAUCUUCUUUAUGAUCAUGUUUCAACAUGUUUAG